ACUGCAAUUUGUAUAGAUCGAUUCCCUGCCUAUAAAUACAGGUAGCCUACUACCUCAAUGCCACUCCCAGCCGGGAACAGUACCAUAGUUACAGUUACAAGCUCAGCUGGUCAGGGCAUUGUGAAUGGUGCUUAUAAGAUAGAAACAUCUUCAAAAGAAACAAAUAAAAAAACUGGCAACCAUGAGCACUUUCACUCCAGAGGACUUUGGCUUCACCUUCCUGAAGGAUGGGACUUCUGUCCAGGACUUUAUCGAUCAGAGGAUCAAGGCGUUGUCUGCGUCGGAUGCCAAGGAUGCCUUCUACGUGGCGGACCUGGGGGAGGUAAUGAGGAGGUACCUGUUGUGGGUACGUGAGAUACCUCGCGUCACACCCUUCUACGCCGUCAAGUGCAACGAAAGCCGCCCCAUUGUCAUGAUGCUUGCCGCUCUGGGGACAGGGUUCGACUGCGCCAGCAAGUAUGAGAUGCAUCUCAUAACGUCUCUCGGGGUGGACCCCAGCAGGAUCAUCUAUGCCAACACCAUCAAGCAGCGCUCCCACCUCAAAUACGCCGCUGCCCAUGGGAUCCAGAAGAUGGUCUUUGACAACGAGGCAGAGCUUAUUAAGAUUGCCCAAUGCUGUGAAAAUGCCAAGCUGGUCCUCCGCAUUGCCGUGGAUGACAAGUAUUCCAAGUUGAAAAUGAGCAAAAAGUUUGGGGCGAAGCUGGAGAGAUGCCCGGCACUCCUGAAACGUGCGCAGGAGCUGGGCCUGGACGUCAUCGGGGUCAGCUUCCACGUGGGCAGCUACUGCAUGAAACCUGUGGCUUACACAGAGGCCAUCGCAAAUGCCAAAGGCAUCUUUGACCUGGCGGCAAAGAUUGGCUACAAAAUGACCUCCCUGGACCUUGGUGGAGGAUACCCUGGGUUUGACAUUCCCAAUGUUCUUAACUUUAAACAGUUUGCAGUUGAAAUAAACCUUGCUCUGGACAAGUACUUCCCCGUCAGCACCGGAGUCCAAAUAAUCAGCGAGCCGGGUCGCUUCUUUCAAUCAUCAGCCUACACGCUGGCUGUCAAUAUCAUCGGUAAGAGGGUGGACAUGGAGAAGUCGGCCGACGAUGGCAAAGAAGACGGGGCCAACAGAAAGACUAUUAGUUACUAUGUGAAUGAUGGCAUCCACACUUCAUUCGAAUUUGUCGUUUUCCCCAAUGCCUAUGUCCUGCCAAGUACACACAAGAGAAGCAAGCCAGGUGAGCACUUCUACCCCAGCACCAUCUGCGGACAGACCUGUGAUGGGCACGACCAGAUUGUGGAACAUUACAGCCUGCCAGAGGCACAGGAGGGUGAAUGGAUGUUCUUCCACCACAUGGGAGCCUACAGCGUCAGCGUCAUGACCGAUUUCAACGGCUUCCCAAAGCCUGAAACCCAAUUUGUGAUGACCCGGAAAGCAUGGCAACGCUUUCUGCAGAUUGCUGCUGCUAAGGGGGACCAAGUCCUUCUUCAACAGCCCAGUCCCCAUGAUGAGCCGGAUGCCUUCUGCCCUGUGGAACCUGGCCUCGCCCGCAAGCACAACCUGACAGGGAAGGAGGGGAAAUGAUUUGUUUAGGGAGGGUGAGAGGCAAGAGUGUGCAUGUUGAUCCUUUCCUCGAUGGUGUAGGGUGUGAACUUUCUUUUUUUAUGAAUUGGAGCAAGACUUAUAGACAAUGAUGAAAUCAAAAACAAAGCAUAUGAUCAUGAGCCAUUCAACACACAUCUCUCUAUUCUCAUUCCUUUUCCCAACUGCAUGUUUGCCCAUCGACUGUUUGUACCCCCAUUUUAACUCCCAUCUUUAGCAUUUGCUCAUUAGAAUGAUGUCUCUGGCUCCUACCCUGCCACCUAGGUGAAGUUGGUUCAAGGUGUCAUAGAACGUGGCCUUGAGGUCAUCAUCUGCAGCAUUGGUAGGUGCAUAGAACAGCAUUAUGAGGGGUUUCAUUCUCUCGCUAUUUGGUUCUGAAAGAAGCAGUGAUGAGGCAACAGACGAUUGGUUCCAAUGCAAUCGGAGCCUUCCGGGUCUUGUUAGUCAUCACAACGCCUACUCCCUCUGUGUAAUUCACUCGCUCUGCUUCAUGCCUGGAGUAGAUCACGCACUGCACUGGGUUCAGUCUUUAAAGAAUUCAUUAUCUACCAAAUGCUUGGUUUUGGAGUUCAUGAUUCACCACGCUUUAAUUUGAUCAGUUAUAGUUUAAAACAUGAUAUGAUAUCACAUGUUCAGGAUAGUGUUUUUGCAACCAAAAUGUCACUGGAUUUCUUUUCACUUAUUUUGUUCCUUCGGGUCACACACUAGUACCUUUUCCUCAAAAAUAAAUACAUUUACAACA